UCAGCCUGACAAGAAGAGCGUGCGCAAUAGUUUCGAUCCAUGCGCACGCCCUUGCCCCGCCUCCUUUUCAGACGGCUGCGUUUGCGCGUGUCGCGAGUUUCAAGUUUAUUCAUCCCAGAGACAGAGCGGGGGGGGCGGCUGAAAGCAGGAAGAUGCACUAGCUAAUUUGGUACUGUUUCAGGCCCUCAUCUUACUACACAGAAUAAUACACUGGACCAUUCUGGCUUUAGACCUGCGCACCUUGUGUUUGAAACUUCCCUUGACUCAGCUAAGCAUAAAGUUGGGAAGAUAAUGAAGAAAACGUUUGCCCCUCCGCUGGCAAAAUCCCAUGUCCUUUCUCUGAGGGAAGGCCCUGAGCAUCAUGCAAAAAAAGAGGACAUGAGGGAAAAAGAGGUGAUAAUCUACCCGCUGAGCCAAGGGACGGAUGACUCGACCGAAACAAAACUGAAAGCGGACAAUUCAGACACUGAUGUGAAGAGGUGGAAGAAAUCAAAGGUAAGAAAGGAAGAGGAAGAUGUACAAAAGAGAGCCAAAAGGAACUCAAGCAAAGCGUCAACUAAGGAGAUGUGUCACCUCACUGACUUGCAUUUUGAGGAAAUCGUCCAGCGAGCGCUGCAGAAGUCCUUGCAAGAGUGCAUGGAAGAGUCCAAGAGGACAUUUCACCAGGCAGAAGUUUCUGAGGUGGCCGAACAACAAGGUUUAAAGAAAGAAACUUUGGAAACAUCCCUACCUGCAGAGAAUUUGGUUCUGGGGAGUGAUGACCCAAAAGGAAGAGUCUUUGCUGUGGACCUAAAGGAGUCUAUGGCCAAACCAAAGAAAUGCAAUAAACUUCCUUUGAACAAGAAGAGAAAGGAAAUGUCAGAUGAGAGCACGGAAGCGAACAAAGAAAGGCGUAAGUGUCACCGGAAAGGAGAGCCAAAGAAAAUAGUUCAAGGCUACACCCUGAUCACUGACCAAGAGGAAACGGAGGAAGGAGGAGGAAGUGCUUUCAAUCAGUGUGUGGCAUGGGUCCAAUGUUCUUAUCCCAGCUGUGAGAAAUGGCGGCGUCUUAGUAGUGAUGUCGAUCCCUCAGUUCUUCCCGAAGACUGGACAUGCAGCCAAAACACCGACUUGCAGUACAAGAGCUGCGAUGCACCCGAGGAGAUGUGGUCGGGAUCUGAAAACGAUGUAGUGUAUGCUACCUAUGUGCCUGGGUCAAUCAUAUGGGCCAAACAGUUUGGCUACCCAUGGUGGCCUGGCAUGGUGGAAUGUGACCCUGACAUCGGGGAGUAUUUUCUGUUUUCAUCCCGGUUGGAUUCUCUUCCUUCCAAGUACCAUGUGACGUUUUUUGGUAACUCUGUCUCCCGCGCCUGGAUCUCUGCAACCAAGCUCAGAAACUUCCAUGAGUUGUCUACGUACAGCCUUGGUUUGAAGAAACUCAGGAACAAAGAUUACUGCCAGAAACUGGACAGUGCUGUGAAAAUGGCAAAGGAAGCUGAGCAAAUCAGCAUUCAGGAGAGAGUGAUGAGAUUUGGGUUCAUCAGUCGAUACAGUGAGGGAAGAUUGCAUGAGGACUUCGAAGGACUAUUCAACAUGGCCGUUAAGCCCAAAGAGCAGAAGCAGUCCCAUGAUGGAAGUGAGACUAUGGAUGCGAUGGUGCUACCAGCUUCACAUUUCAAGAAGAAAACCUUUCUGAAAGAAAACACAGGUCCAGUGUUUGGGAGUGAGCGCUUACAAAAGAAGAGCAAGGGACAAGAGCCAGUGUCCAAGGAAUGUACAGACAAAAAAGAGGCCCGAAUUGUGAAAGAAAGACAGGAGAGUGGGAGGAGUGAUACCAAAUGCCUUAAGAAAAAGUUCACUGUUCCAGGAAACAAAAGCCUAGGAUCCAACCAGCCCAAACCACCAGUGGGAGGAAGCAAAGUUAACCUUAUACCAUCUUGUCAAGAUGACUUGAAUCCGGAGGUUCUGGAAAUGUUGCAGGUGAAAGACAGUUCCACCAUGAACCACCCAAAGGCAUAUAGCAGUGGUGUGGUCUUUGAAGAACUCCAGAAAGCGGAAGAGCUAGAGAAGGCCAAGGAAGCACCUGACAUCCAGGAAACAGAGAAAAAUGAAUCCUCUGAAGAUUGUUCCCUGAUCUUAUUUGAAGAGUAGCCACUGAAAUAACAAACCUGCCAUGGGGCAGCAGAGUCAUACUAUCUCCCUGAAGGUGAUGGGAAUUAGAGAAAAAUUAGAAAGCAAAGUGCUCCAGAAAAGUGGCUGGUUUAUGGGAAAAUAAAUUCAAUCUAGUUUUAACUUGGUUUGUGUUUGAGGAAGAUGUGAGACUGUUGGGACAACAGCUGUGGAUUUUAACAUCUAGCUCUGCCUAUAAAGGUUUCCCUCUCCCUCCUCUGAAAUAUUAAUCUGUAAAGAUAGGGGGGAAUCCACAAUAUUUUUUUUAAAAAACUUAGGGUGCUGAAUCUUGUGUAAUUCUGCCAGCCUCACACAGCGUGUCAUUUCCUUGGAUCUCAUUUCCAGUGCAUGAUUUUUUUAAACAGUUUUUGAUCAUUCAAGGUAUUGGGUGAUAGAGCCAGCGUCAUUAAUGGAAUUACACUGAUUUACAUCUGGUACAGAUUGAGCCUGUGUAUAAAUUGCUGCCUUUAUUAUUAUGUCUUUACAAAUGGCUGAAUAUAAAGAGCAGCUACUGGCUCUUCAGAUCGGAAAGCAUUUGGCGUCCAAGUUCUGGAUCUAAAUUCCAGUAUAACUAUUCUAUAAUCUGUUAUGUUCUAACUCCCUUACAAACCUAGCCACAUGCUGCUGGUGAAAUUCCAUAAUUAUUAGUCCCAUGCAUAAAAAGUAGAUAUAUGAGAUACAAGAUAAUGAUACCUGAACUUCCUAGUUGCUACUGUUGUGUUUAACAAGUUACUGGAUUUGUAGUUUUAUGUUUAUCUGUUACACACUUGUAAAAAGACUGGCUUUUAUGCAUCCAGUAGGGGAAAAUUUGCCCUAUGGAGUGAACCAACCCUCUGAAGGCACAAGUGGGCAUAAAUAGACCUUUUCCAUGGGGAUUAAUUUCCCUCAGAAAGUUGAGUCCAAGUUAAGGGUUGACUAAGGAUGGCAGAACUAGGUCUUAAGAAGUUUAUGGCUGCAACACCCUCAAAGGUUAAACACUCAUUUACAUUCUGUAACGGUUACAUGUAAAUAAAAUCCUGCAGCUUCUAUUCAGUCCUGGUUGUAGAUAAGCUAAAGUAUGAUAAAAUUCCAAUUCUUGGUUCAUUACAGUG